GCCGUUCGGGUGACGGCGGACCAUACUAGACUACGAAAUACAUGAAAUUCUUCCCCCUAUCGCAUGGCUCUUGCCUAGAAACAUCACACACAAUAUUAGUUUCUAACUUAAUGACACAUGGCCCUUUAUGAGCGCCAUGUACCGUACUACAACCGGAAGUCGAUCCAAAUUUCUUUUAUAUUUGUGCCUGUGUCUUUCGCUGUGCGGGCCCGCCCUGAGCUCAAGACUGCCACCGUGAUUUUUGCGAGCACGGUGUAACUUUACGUGACCAGUCAAGGUUUCGACAAGUUCCAUUUUAGGCUUGGAAGGAGUAGCCGUACGCAGUAUUGGGUUACGUUGACUGCCAUGAACCCGCAACUCGAGGUUUUAAAACGAGCAUGUAUCUGCAAAGGUGAACUCGUUCCACGCUUCGUAUAUUCGAGAUCAGAGCAUGAGCUUACCAUGGAUGUACAUUCAAGGCCUGAAUCGUCACUACCAACCCCCCAGCUGACGUCGUCUUCAUGGUCGGGGGAUGUCCCUGAUCAAGAUUCAACGAGAUCAAGCCUAAAAUCGUGUCUCGAAUGUCUUGACCGACUACUUGUCACCGUUCAAUCAGAAAUCACCAUAGUGGGGGGUGAAGGCACAUUGGAUGGUGACAUGGACUCCCAGGCAAUCGUCAAUGAUGAGCCUCAGAUCAUCAUGCCACUUGCGUUCGAGCUCAAUGCCGUUCCACCGUCGUCGACUCCACCAGAGUUCUCCGUCUUGGCAGAGCCACCAGCAUUCCCGGGACAAUUUUCAGACCUCAAGUACGGUCCUUUAGGAUUUGGUACUAGUACCCUGGCGGAGGACCUGUUGCCCGAUGGCACCCCUGGUGUCGUCAGCUAUGGGCUUGGUGUACUCGGGCUCCUGCCUCAGUAUGACACGUACUCCGAUGGGAAGACCUUGUCCGAGUCUUCAACAAGUCACGACCAACAACCACGUCUUCCCAUUGCGCAGGGCAGCCCGAGCCAACAUAAAGUGAAUUGCAUCUGGCCCGGAUGCUCAAGAACUGUCAAGAAGGAUAAUCUCACUCGUCACGUAAAUGAGGUGCAUCGGCGUAAAGUCAAGGCUGUCUGCGUUGGCUGUGGAAAGAAGUUCGCGCGCCCUUAUAUGUUGAGGGACCAUAUCUGUCGGGCCGAAUGAAGAAAGUACUGAUCUCGAGUAGAUUUGUCAAAAGUAAAGUGGUGAGAGCACCCAGGUAUGGAGCUCUCAAGAGCACAUGAACUUAGGCAAUGCGCACCAAUACAAAUACGCUAAGUUGAAGCAUGCUAGUGACGAUCUCUGAUCGGUCUUUGACCCACGGUGAUACUCAACUCCAAAAGGUACAUGGCCAAGGAAGGGAUGUGAUUUGCGCAAAG